CAUCUAAAACCAUAUCUCUAAUUCCCCUUAAUACCUGUUUUCCAUUCCUUCACUGGUCACUUCACUCGUGCAUGAACUCCCCCCUCUAUCUCUCUCCUUCCGUUACUCUCUACUCUCUAUAAAUGUAUAUUUGUCACUCUAUCUCUCUCCUUCCGUUACUCUCUACUCUCUAUAAAUAAAUAUUUGUCAGUCUCCUCCAUGAAUGCUUGUUAAUUCACAUUGUUUCUCUCUCCUCUGUACUACCAACAAAUGACUUCUCACUCUGAUCAUCUCCUUGUAACACUGGUCUUGUUCGUCGCGGUUUGUGUUUCGGUGGUCACUUCUUCGCAACGAGACGUCGUCGUUUUGCUCCGGGUCAAGAAUGGCAGUCUCAACGACCCGACCGGCCUGCUCCGUGAUUGGGUCGAUACCGGUCCCGUUGCUCCAUGCAACUGGACCGGUAUCGCCUGCGAUCCUCAGACCGGCGCCGUAGUUUCUGUUGAUCUCGCCGGACUCGGCAUCUCCGGCGAAUUCCCUGCCAAUUUUUGCCGGAUACCGACUCUCCGAAACCUCUCUCUCGGCUAUAACAACCUCAACGGUAGUCUCUCCUCGAUGUCUAUCUCUCUCUGCUAUCAUCUCCAUUUAUUGAACCUCUCUUCCAACUAUUUCGCCGGUGAAUUGCCGGAUUUUUCGCCGGAGUUCGUCAACUUGAUUGUUCUCGAUCUCUCUACCAACUACUUCAACGGCGAUAUUCCGGCGAGUUUCGGCCGGUUUUCCGCUCUCAAAGUUCUGAGUCUGUUCAACAACGCUCUCGGAGGCUUGAUUCCGGAUUUCUUGACCAAUCUUACUGAGUUGACUCGUUUCGAACUCGCUUACAAUUAUUUCAAACCAGGUCCACUACCUCCGGCGAUCGGAAACCUGAGAAAGCUUGAAAAUCUUUGGAUUCCCAACACGAACCUCGUCGGAAACAUUCCAGUCUCUAUCGGCGAUCUCGUUGCUCUAACAAAUCUUGAUCUCUCCAAUAACAAUCUCUCCGGCGAAAUUCCUAGUAGCAUUGGUGGAUUGAAAAGUGUUGUGCAAAUUGAAUUAUUCAAUAAUCAAUUGUCCGGUGAAUUGCCUAGUGCUUUAUCGAAUUUGACUUCGCUGCUUCGACUCGACGUUUCUCAGAACAAUCUCACCGGGAAUUUGCCGGAGAGUAUCGCCGCUAUGCCUCUCACUUCACUCAAUCUCAACGAUAAUAGAUUCGAAGGUCUAAUUCCAGAGAGUCUAGCUUCAAACCCUAGCCUCUCGCAAUUGCAUAUUUUCAACAACAGUUUUUCCGGCAUAUUGCCGGUGAAUUUAGGUCUCAGCUCUGAUCUUGUAGAUUUGGAUGUCUCUGGCAACGAAUUGGAAGGUUCAUUGCCUCCGAACCUCUGUUUCAGAAACAAACUUGAAAUUCUAAUCACUUUCAAAAACAAAUUCUCAGGCAAAAUUCCUGAAUCGUACGGCGAUUGCAAGACUCUGUAUUACAUUCGUAUCUACAGUAACGAACUCUCUGGACAAGUCCCAGAUCGUUUUUGGAGCUUACCUGGACUUCAAUUUCUUCAACUCGCAAACAACAAAUUCGAAGGUUCGAUUCCGAAUUCGAUCUCCAAUGCUCGAGGAUUAACUAAUUUAUUGAUCUCCGGCAACAACUUCUCAGGCGGACUUCCGGUUGAAAUUUGUCAAUUGCAAGAGCUUAUAGUCAUGGAUGCGAGUAGAAAUCAAAUUUCCGGCGAAUUGCCGAAUUGCAUAACUGAAUUGAAGAAGUUGCAGAAUCUGGAGCUUCAAGAGAACAUGUUUGCGGGUGAAAUUCCGAGCAGUGUUGGUUCUUGGAAAUAUCUUACCGAGCUCAAUUUCUCUCACAACAAUUUGCAAGGCGAAAUUCCCGAUGCCCUCGGGAAUUUGCCCGUGUUAACGUACUUGGAUCUUGCCGGAAACUCACUUACCGGCGAGAUUCCGGUGGCGCUGACGAAGCUGAAGCUCGACAAGUUCAAUCUUUCCAACAACAAACUUGAAGGUGAAGUCCCUAGUGGUUUUGACAAUGAGUUCUUUCUCCAGAGCCUAAUGGGUAACCCGGGUCUAUGCGGUCUGGAUCUCAAACAGCUUCAUCCAUGCCCGAAACCCAAACCCGUUAGCCUCUAUGUGAUAGGAAUUCUAGUGGCCUUGGCGUUGUUAGUCGUUGGGUCUAUUAUAUGUCUAGUGAAGACCAACACUUUGAAUGUGCUUUUCGGUAAAAAGAAGUCUUCAUGGAAGACUACCUCAUUCCAACGGGUCGGGUUCAAUGAAGAAGAAGUUUUGGCCUCAAUGACAGAAGAACAUCUCAUUGGAACGGGUGGAUCGGGCCGGGUUUACAUGGCGAAGCUCAAGAGGGGGCAGACUGUGGCAGUUAAGAGGCUGUGGGGAGGUAACCAGCAAGUGGACAUGAAGGCGGUGUUUCAAUCGGAGGUGGAGACGUUGGGAAGAAUCCGACAUAACAAUGUUGUAAAAUUGCUGAUGAGUUUUAUGGGAGAGGAUUUUAAGGUUUUGGUGUACGAGUAUAUGGUGAAUGGUAGUUUGGGGGACACAUUGCAUGGAGAGAAAGGCGGAGUGUUAUUGGAUUGGCCUACGAGGUUCUCAAUAGCGGUUGGGGCGGCCCAUGGGCUGGCCUACCUGCAUCACGACUGUGUGCCACCUAUUGUCCACCGGGAUGUCAAGUCUAACAACAUUUUGCUGGAUGAAGAGUUCAGGCCGCGAGUUGCUGAUUUUGGGCUGGCCAAGUCAUUGCUACAGGAUGUGAAGGAGGGCACUGGAGUGAUGUCACGUAUUGCUGGUUCGUGCGGCUACAUUGCACCCGAGUAUGCCUAUACGCUGAAAGUGGAUGAGAAGAGCGAUGUUUAUAGCUUUGGUGUGGUGUUGUUGGAGCUCAUAACUGGUAAGAGGCCAAACGAUGACUCCUUUGGAGAGAACAAGGACAUUGUGAAGUGGGUAACAGAGGCUGCAAUAUCAUCUCCAGAACAAGGAACCGGCAUUUCUCGGAUCGAUUUGGAUCAGCUUGUAGAUCCAAAGAUGAACCCAGCGACAAGCUAUUAUGAAGAUAUUGAGAAAGUCUUGAAUGUUGCUCUUCUUUGCACUUCAGCUUUUCCCAUGAACAGGCCCUCCAUGAGAAGGGUUGUUGAAUUGCUCAAAGACCAUAAAUUGCUUCAUCAAAAGUGAUAAUGUGCUUCGAUUGUAGUAGUCGGUAGGCCUUUGAUCCUUCGGACUCUUUGCCCCUUCUUUGGUGGCAUCCCAUUUUCGCAUGCAAGUGUCAUGGCAAGUGGAGAGGCUCAGGGAAAGCUUCUAUAGUUACCAAAUACACACAAAAUUCACAGAAUGAGAUGAGUGAGACUCAUAUAUAUGGACCCCAUAGAUGCAGGUUUCAUUCAUUUGUUCUCAUCUAUGUCUCUUUCUAUAAAAGCUUUAUGUUAGUGUAGUAAACAUUUUUGUCCCAUUGCGUUAAAAAAAAAAAUUAUGUGCAUAAUACAGUUGUUUGUUAUAUAUAGCUAGUUAAAGAAAAGAAUCA